AAACAAGCUCGGGUAGAUUUUUAUUCAAAAAUGUGCAAAAAAAUGCCAACUUUUAUAAACUUUGGUGCUAUUCAAAGAGCCACCAGAGUUGAAAUAUUAAAAGUAUUCGGAAUAAUGCUAGUCAUAUCUUUAGUUCUAAUGUUAAUUUUAAGUCUCAUUCUGAAAUCAUUUUAUGAGUGUGAGGGUGCUUUCGGUGACACAGUGCAUUUAGAUUUAAGAGAUCAUCCAAAUUAUGACAGACUUUAUAAUGGGAAGUGCAUUGAGGAAUAUCAUGGAGAAGAAGAUCACAAAUUUCCAUUCAUUGCUAGAUUUGUUGUUGUAAAUGACACAGAGAAAUUUGUUUUUUGUUCUGGAUCAUUGAUAAGCGAUGAUAUUGUAGUGACAGCAGCACAUUGUUUAGCUGGGAUCACAUACGCAAAAUUAGAGGUUCAUGUCGGCACUGCUUCAAAUAUUGAAAAAUUCAUAAAUUUUACAGAAAAAGAUAUAAAAAUACAUUCAAAGUAUGACAGUAAAAAAUUCACUAAUGACAUUGCACUUAUAAGAUUGAAUAGAAAAUUUGAUCCUUCAACAAUUUCAACACUUUGCAUUCCAUUUGAUGACGAAAUAAUUCGAAAAAAUCUAACAAUGGGUGAAUGGGAUGUAGAAAAAAUAAGAAUUAAUGAUCCAAAAAUCAUCGAAACAACUGUUAAUGGAAUUGAUAAUCUCAAAUGUGGUGAAUAUUUUCACAACCUUGUAGAAGUCGUGCAACAAACAGCACCAAGUAAUGAAAUUUCAGAAUUAAAUAAAAAAUUGGUUAACAAAAAUAACCAAAAGGAAGUAAGAUUUGAACAAUUCUGUACCGAGAAAAAAUCUGUCACGCCUGGUAACAGUGGAAUGCCAGUUUAUGGAAAUGAUCUUAAAACAGGUGCUCCAACUAUUUAUGGAUUUGUAUCAUUCGGAGUCAAAAAAGAAUUUGGCGAAGAUUUACCCACUGUGUUGACGAGAAUUUAUGACUAUCGUCACUGGAUCUUAUGUCAUUCAUAUUGA